UCUCUGUCUUCACACCGGGCGGGAUAUCCGCAGUAGUAAGCUAGCUAAUAACAUGGCGAAGACUUACGAUUACUUGUUUAAACUACUUUUAAUCGGCGAUUCAGGCGUCGGAAAGACCUGCGUGCUAUUCAGAUUUUCAGAAGAUGCCUUCAACUCAACGUUUAUCUCUACUAUAGGUAUUGACUUCAAGAUCAGAACAAUAGAAUUAGAUGGGAAGAAGAUCAAACUACAGAUAUGGGAUACAGCAGGACAGGAGAGGUUCAGGACCAUUACAACAGCCUACUACAGAGGAGCCAUGGGCAUCAUGUUAGUGUAUGACAUUACCAACGAGAAAUCCUUUGACAACAUCAAGAACUGGAUACGGAAUAUAGAAGAGCAUGCCUCAGCAGAUGUGGAGAGGAUGGUCCUUGGGAACAAAUGUGAUGUCAAUGACAAGCGACAGGUGUCCAAAGAAAGAGGAGAAAAGCUGGCGCUGGAAUAUGGUAUCAAGUUCAUGGAGACCAGUGCAAAGGCGAACAUCAAUGUGGAGAAUGCCUUCUUAACCCUCGCCAGAGACAUCAAAGCAAAAAUGGACAAGAAGCUGGAGGGCAACAACCCACAGGGCAGCAGUCAAGGAGUAAAGAUUACUGAGCAGCCCAAGAAAAGCAGUUUCUUCCGCUGCACACUCCUGUGAGGAGACGGGAGUGUCGGCAUCCACCAUCGCCUUAACUGUGUCCCCCACUGGACAUAACUGGACAGAGCACACUCUGAUCUUUCUCUCUUUUAUCCUCCUCCACUCGUCUUCCUCCCUCUCUUUCUGGUUUGUCCUGUGCUUAUCUACUAGGAACAACAUAAGUUUAUUGCUACCUUGGUUUACCAGUCUUCCUUUGGCACCUGUGGAUUUAACUAUUGUGGCCUCUGUUACAUGCUAAAUAUCUUCUUUUUUUUUUUUAACAGUUGGUCCUUAGUUCUGUUGUUUCAAAUUAAUUCCUUAAAUCUUAUUGACUUUUAAAGACUCCGUGUGAGACAAUAAGAGUGAUCAAACUGUUUUUGUAAGUAAUUGUUACUUGCCUUUCGGUUAUUAUCCUACAAUAAUGUCUGAUGCCUAGGUGUUUUUUUCACUUGUCACAUGGUGAAGUCUUAUUUAUUCAAUCCUUAUCUCCAAAAAUAGCCCAAAAUAUACUUCCAGAAUAUGCUUAUUAUUCCAAUGGGCUUCCUAAUUUUUAUAUACUUAAUCUGUCGAAUAAUGCAACCUACUGUAUGUCUCCAAGGUGUUCAGAGUACAAUCCCAGUUGAGUGCAGUUUUUUUUUUUUAACCAUUGUACUACAUGUAUACGGACUGGGUGGCCAAGAAUUCUAUAUAUCCACAUUAGGUUAAAGAAACGUGUAAAUAUGUAUUAUUGAUUAUGAUUCACCAUAUGAAACAGUAGUGCCAGUGCAUUUUACUCAUCAUAUCAGCAUUGGAGUUUACAUGUCCUCUGUCCACCUUUUCCACUCAUGUCUUUCUAUUGAUUUCUUAGGCUGAAACAUUCCAUUAUUUCAUCUUGUGAACACUUUAAUGUGCAAUGUAGUGUAUUUAGAGUCCAGAUUUUGUCUAUCUUAAGUAUUCAGAUGGUUGCAGUAAGGCUGGGUUCUUGACAACAUAUGCUUGUUUUAAGGGCACGUGGAUUCCGUGUGUAGUUGCUUUCCUCAUUCUAGGUGUUGCAAUGUAUUCUUAGGAAAAUAAGACGUGUUUAGGAUUGAGGAAGACAAUUGUUUCAUGCACUUCUACAGUUGGACUAGCAAUACCUAACUCUUAACACCUGGAGGCAAUGCAGUUACACAGCAGUGGCACAGAAGGAAUCACGGCGAUAAAAUCAUUGUUUUAUGCAUUCAUACUUCUUCUAGUUGUCAGUUCCAAUGGGGGAGCUGUUUUUUUCUGGGCCUUGGAUAGGGGCUGUGCUGUAGCAGUAUUUAUGGAGUGAAACAAAACAUAGCACCAAAUGACAAAGUGCCCUUUUAUGUUCCUAUUGAUUAUGCACUUUUCCUUUGUACUUUCUGUAAAGAAAAGUUCUUAACAUUUGUUGACUGUGUUUGUUGCAAGUCUUAACUGAAAGCAAAGAAUAUUCAUGCACAACUUCUCCCUGUACCUUAUCUGGGAUUCCUGAAAACAUUUGAGCACUGACAUGGCCUUUGAUUUAAAGACGUUUUUCCUCAUAACAACAUUCCCAUGUCCCCCCCCCCCCAGCUUUUUAUACAUUUGCACCCCUAUUGAUGCUUUUGGGAACCCCAGAUGCCCCCUACCCCACAUUCUCCCAGUCUUUUUCUCUUAUGCCCUCCCCUCUUCCACCUCUUUCCAGAUAUCCCAUGUCCUCUUUUGGCCCAGUAUCAUGGCCGUCUGAACUAUGCAUUCUGAAUGCAUAGAAAACCUCAAAAAGCUUUGCACAUUUGACUUGGUGAGCUUUAUUUGACAUUAGAAAUGUGCAUAGGAUUCUCACUGUUAUUUUCUGCUGUCACUCCAAAUUCUAUUGUAUUUGGUUAGGUUGAUUUGUUUAGGUGUAAGAAUUUGAAAUUAAUUGAAAGGAGGUUCACCUCAGAUAUUUUCUGGUGAGAGCAAAUUAUUUCUGGUUCUGCUGAAAUGAGUCUGCAACUGCAUAAAUAUUAACCUGUGGAUUGGAAUUAUCAUUGUUCAACUUUGAAUGACUUAACUCUAAAGUUUCAGCACUAUUUUUGGUUAAACUGGCUUUUCCAGAUAUAAAAAAAUGCAGUUUUUGGACUUGAGUUUUGCUUAAAUUUAGUGUGUAAAAUGAAUUUUUCUGUUGAUUGGAGCCAUUUGUAAUUCUCUCCCAUUUUAAAUCUGCCAGUUCUCAGUCAGCGCAUCUUCAGCAGUCCUUAACUAAGUUUGGAUUUCAUUGCUCAUUAUUGAUAGAUUUCAUGGGGAAUAAAUAAAAUAAUUCAGCAAUUGUAAAUAAGAUCUACAAUGAUUGUACUGUAGUUUCAUAAAUCUUAUUGAUCUACACCUUUUGUAGAUAAGUGUACUUUGAUGAUUUAUUAAAAAUGAGAUUCUUAAAAA